UCUUCAAAUUCUGAUUUGCUCCGGUCUCUUUUAUCAAAUUUUCUCGGGUGAAAAUUGCAAUUGAAUUGAACUACCAGUCUAACCCCAAAUUCCGUAAUCUUGCCCGGCAAGAAUUUCAACGGUCUCGGAGAUCCUCCAUAGCCAGAUUCUCGAGAGAAGAUCAAGAGAAUGAUAUCCGACGGAAUCGACGACGACGAGAAAUGGCUUGCCGAAGGCAUCGCCGGCAUUCAACACCACGCUUUCUACUUGCAUCGCGCUCUGGAUGCGAACAAUCUUAGGGAGGCACUGAAAUUCUCCGCUCUGAUGCUAUCGGAGCUCCGAACCUCGAAGCUUUCGCCUCAAAAAUACUACGAACUCUAUAUGCGAGCGUUCGACGAGUUGAGAAUGCUGGAGAUGUUUUUCAAGGAUGAGAGCAGGCAUGGCGUCUCGAUCGUUGAUCUUUACGAACUCGUGCAGCACGCUGGCAAUAUAUUACCCAGAAUGUAUUUACUGUGUACGGUGGGAUCUGUGUACAUUAAAUCCAAGGAGGCUCCUGCUAAGGAUGUGCUUAAGGAUCUUGUGGAAAUGUGUCGUGGUGUUCAACAUCCAAUACGUGGGCUCUUUCUGAGAAGCUAUCUUUGUCAAGUCAGCAGAGAUAAGUUGCCUGAUAUUGGUUCCGAAUACGAAGGCGGUGAUGAUACCGUCAUGGAUGCUGUUGAUUUUGUGCUGCAGAAUUUCACAGAGAUGAAUAAGCUUUGGGUACGAAUGCAGCAGCAGGGACCUGGUGCGAUAAAAGAGAAGAUGGAAAAGGAAAGAAGCGAGCUUCGCGACCUUGUAGGAAAAAAUCUGCACGUUCUUGGUCAGAUAGAGGGUGUGGACCUUGAAAUGUACAAAAACACUGUUCUUCCUGGGAUCUUAGAGCAGGUCGUCAACUGUAAGGAUGAUAUUGCUCAAUUUUACUUGAUGGAAUGCAUAAUUCAGGUUUUCCCAGAUGAUUACCACUUGCAGACAUUGGAGACAUUGUUGGGUGCUUGCCCCCAGCUUCAGCCGACAGUUGAUACCAAGACAGUGUUAUCUCAAUUAAUGGAGAGAUUGUCAAAUUAUGCUGCAGCAAAUGUAGAAGUAUUACCUGAAUUUUUGCAAGUGGAAGCUUUUACUAAAUUAAGCACUGCCAUUGGAAGGGUGAUAGAAGCACAAGUUGACAUGCCUAUUGUUGGAGCUAUAUCAUUGUAUGUCUCUCUUCUUACAUUCACUCUUCGUGUUCAUCCUGAUCAUCUUGAUUAUGUUGAUCAUGUACUGGGAGCAUGUGUGAAGAAGCUCUCUGGCAAGCCAAAGCUUGAAGAUAAGAGAGCAACUAAACAAGUUGUUGCACUUCUAAGUGUUCCUUUAGAAAAAUACAAUGAUACUGUCACAGCCUUGACACUUUCUAAUUAUCCCCGUGUUAUGGAUUAUCUUGAUGAUGGAACAAAUAAAGUCAUGGCAAUGGUUAUUAUCCAAAGCAUAAUGAAAAACAACACUUUUAUCACCACUGCUGACAAGGUUGAGGUGUUGUUUGCAUUAAUAAAAGGGCUCAUCAAGGAUCUGGAUGGAACUUCUGUGGAUGAGCUUGAUGAGGAGGAUUUCAAAGAAGAACAAAAUUCUGUUGCUCGUCUCAUACAUAUGCUUUAUAAUGACGACCCAGAGGAGAUGUUGAAGAUGAUAUGCACUGUGAAGAAGCAUAUAAUGAGUGGAGGGCCCAGACGCUUACCUUUUACUAUUCCUCCUCUUGUAUUUUCUGCAUUAAGGUUGAUUAGGCGAUUGCAAGGCCAGGAUGGAGAGGUAGUGGGAGAAGAAGUGCCCACAACACCAAAAAUAAUCUUUCAGCUUUUAGAUCAGACCAUUCAAGCUCUUUCUUGUGUUCCAUCUCCUGAACUGGCAUUAAGGCUGUACCUGCAGUGUGCCGAGGCUGCUAAUGACUGUGAUCUUGAGCCCGUAGCUUAUGAAUUUUUCACUCAGGCGUUUGUCUUAUAUGAAGAAGAAAUUGCGGACUCUAAAGCCCAGGUGACUGCCAUACAUUUAAUAAUUGGCACUCUCCAGCGGAUGAAUGUCUUUGGCAUUGAGAAUAGGGAUACUUUAACACACAAGGCAACAGGGUAUUCAGCAAAAUUGUUGAAGAAACCUGAUCAGUGUAGAGCAGUUUAUGCUUGUUCACAUCUUUUUUGGGUUGAUGAUCAGGAUGGUAUCAAAGAUGGAGAAAGGGUGUUGCUUUGUCUAAAGCGUUCCUUGAGGAUUGCAAAUGCUGCUCAGCAAAUGGCCAGUGUUAUUCGCGGUAGCAGUGGACCAGUGACACUCUUUGUUGAAAUACUCAACAAGUACGUCUACUUUUUUGAGAAAGGUAAUCCCCAGAUCACCCCUGCUGCAAUCCAGGGGCUGAUAGAAUUAAUCAACAAUGAGUUGCAAAGUGAGUCUACGAUACAGAUCUCGGAUCCUUUCUUUGCAAGCACAUUGCGAUACAUCCAGUUUCAAAAACAGAAAGGUGGAGUAAUGGGUGAGAAAUUGCUUCUAUCAAUGUUUGACUCCUAGUCGUUUGUGAAGUCCUAAAAUGUUCUACAGCCACAUUGUGUUUUGGUACUGAAGGGAUUUGAUUGGGAGGGGUUAUAUCCCCCUGCAUUCUUCCAUUGGAAUUGGACACUUUUGUAUAGCCAUUUCACUUACGGUUAUUUAUUAAUUUUAUUAGAAAGAGGCUAGGACCAUGUAGGUCUUCCGGAGGUCAGGCGAAUGGUUCCUUUAGGUCUUUCCUUUUAUGACAAUGUAGGUCUAUGAAUAUUUAUAUUUUGAAAUAAAAAUAUAGGUCCAUAAAAGUCACGGUUUCUUCAUAUCACAUGCAGAACCUAGAUGAGGAUGAUGAUGGAACAAUUUCUUUUCCAACCUUCCUUUAAAAAAAAAA